AUGGAUCAUCCGGAGACGAGUCAGACUAAGGAGGACGAGGUUAUCCACUUUCAAAAGGAGGAUCAUGAGGGAUAUACAAGCCAUUCCCUGAUCCCGCAAGAAAAGGUGGUGGAAAAACUCGUGACAAAACUCAAGAACAAAACCAUGGAUAUACAAACAUUCCAAGGGUUUUUAAGAGGAAGAUUGGAUCAAGUUCUACAAAGAUUGAGUCCAUUCAAAAGGAAGCAUCAUGUCUUCUUCGGUACAAUGAAUCGGGAGUUGGCGCUUCUAAUAGAAAUAACGAACAACCAAGUAGAGAUCCAAUUAAUUCCAGCCGAAGAUGUGCGGAGGGAUCUCUUAAAAAUGAAGCCAGAAGUCGCUAGAACGAUAAAAUGGAUUCAUAUUGGAGCAAUCCAGUUGGUGAUCAAGUCCUCACUUUCACCAGGGACAGAUACACCAAUUGAUGUUGCAAUUUGUGACAAGAGGAUUACAAAUCCAAGAGAUGCAGUGUUGGGAGCCUUCUCAGGCAAUCUCUACGCCAAGAAGAUUGUAACCGAAUUGUACCCACAGAUCGCUUAUAAUCUUCAAGAUUCAGCCUUCAGUCGAGCCCUGACACUCUACCGGGACUACAAGAGGAAGGAUCUAUUGACUGGAGGAAAUAGGUCAUACUCGAUUACAUAUCAAGUAUCAUAUGCCCUAUCAAAUUCCCACCACACAGAUUUAUUUCUGGGGAAUAAUUUUAUUGAAGUCCCAGAAGUAUUCAAAGAAGUAGCCAAGGCAAUUAACCCUGACCGGGUUGAAAUUCCCAAAAUAAGGGAAAUUGACAUCCAAGUUGGAGAUAAGCAGAAAGCAAUCGAUAUAUCAAAAUUCUGGAGAUUGGAGGCUUUGAAAUCCAAGUCGAGGGCAAAGCCGGACAAGAAGUUGGCGUCCUGA